GGUAACCCCUAAAAGGGCGCCGAAAAUCAAAACCCAACAAUGAAAAGCCUAGAAAAGUUCCACUGUGAAAAAUAAUAAUAAUUGCAGGCACAUGUCACAUGCAAGGACGCGUGUCGGUGGGUAUCCGGUGUAUCCGCGCGCGAUUUUUGUAAAGAUUAGAAUCUUUGUGUCUUUUCGUAAAAAAAUAUAUUUUAAGGCUUUUACCUAGCGGGAGAUUCAGCAUGUUCGCAAAUUCAAGGGACCAGAGGAGUGGCAUCGGAGUAAAAUGGGGAACAUCUUUUGCAAAGGACAGAGUUCCAGGCCCUCGAUUUGAUGAAAAGGCUCAUCUUUUUGGAGUUCAGAAAAUGGAACAUGAUGCACUUCAGACCUCUCGAAAUCUUUGGGUUGGCAAUGUAUCUCAGCAUGUCACUGAAACUGUGUUGGCAGAACAAUUCUCUAGAUUUGGGGAAGUAGAAAGUAUAACUGUCUAUACAUCCCGCAAUUAUGCCUUCAUAAACUUCAGGAAAGAAGAGGAUGCAGUUAUUGCAAAGAGAAGUCUUCAAGGGUUGGUCCUCGGUGGUCUGGCUCUGAGGAUAGAGUUUGCAAAGGGGGAUAGUCAUCCAUCGUCAAUUCAGCAUGCAGAUGAUCUUACAAGAUUUCGAGAUGAGAGGCGCUUUUCUGAUAUGGCAGGUCUCUCAGGUACCAGAGAUUCAAGAGUUUUGGGUCCUAAUUCUGAAGCUUCUUUCUCUGAGAAACAUAAAGGAGAUAAGGAUGCAGAACCAAGUGAAGUAUUGUGGAUAGGCUUUCCAGCAUACAUGAAGGUGGAUGAAAUAAGUUUAAGAAGAGUUUUUUCUCCUUUCGGCGAGAUUGAACAUGUUACUACAUUUCCUGGUCGUACUUAUGCCUUUGUGCAGUUCAGAAGUGUGGUUGCUGCUUGUAGAGCAAAAGAAGCUCUCCAAGGGAAAUUAUUCAACAAUCCACGAGUAAACAUCUGUUUUUCAAAAAGUGAAGUAGGUCCUGUAGAACAUGGUAGGAACUCAACAAAUGGCAGCUUGCCUUUCUCUCAUAAAGCAAUUUCUAAUUCUGGAGUUGGUUCAAAAGCCGUGGAGAAUGUCAGAGAGGAAAGGCAUCAGGGUAUGACUUCAGGCGGAUUAUGCCUUCCAAGUGCAAGUUUUGGUCCUAAUACUGAUAGAAUGCUCUCGAGUUCUAACGCCAAUCUUAUUAGUCGUGCUAAUUCAGUAAGGGCAAUGUCUGCAGUGUCCAAGAUUGGUAGUGGGUAUGAUGAAAUAAGAGCAACAAGGAUAGGUUCAGAGAUGGGAGUUGCAAAGGAAGUACCAGAUCUUCCCAUGAAUAGUCCUCGUGUUGAAAGGAGUUCGUUUUGGCGCAGCAAUGCCCUCGAUAAAUCUCGUGGUGGUGGUCCUUAUUAUGAGGAUAUGUGGGACUCAUCUAGUGAUGAUGUGUCAAGCCGGGAUGCUAAACGGGCAAGGUUUGCACCAGUCUCCAGAAGUGAUUCAUCCGAUCUGCCAUUUUCUGAGCAAGGGCGAGAUAUGCAACAAUUUUGCUCCCCAAGAACUGGUGCAAUGAAUCCAGGGUCUGAAUCCUACAAGUUUUCUAGGUUUUCUGUAGGCUCUGACAAUGACAUUGGCGCUAGCCAUUCCAGUAACAAUCUUAUUUCUGAAAAUACAAGGCAUCCAAACAGAUCAUCUCAGCAGUUGGACGGGCCUUGGAAUGUGCCAAAUAAUUUUGAAUCAGGGAUUGUAUCUACUAUUACUCCUUCUUUAGACUCUGGUAAGUGGGAUGGAUCUGUUUCAGAGACACAUCAUGGACCAUUGAAUGAGGAGUGGAAGUGGCAGGGGACAAUCGCUAAAGGAGGAACCCCAGUUUGUCGAGCCCGUUGCUUUCCAGUGGGAAAAGUUCUUGAUGUCACCUUGCCUGAAUUUCUAAAUUGCACUGCUAGAACUGGUUUGGACAUGCUUGCCACCCAUUUUAAUAAGGCAGGGAGUGUGGGAGUUGUUUUCUUUGUUCCAGAAAGUGAUCCAGAUAUUGUUCCAUACAAUGAGUUUAUGCAUUAUCUAGGUGAGAAGCAACGUGCUGCUGUUACAAAACUGGGCGAAGGGACUACCUUGUUCUUGGUUCCACCAUCCCAAUUUUCUGAGCAAGUUCUGAAAGUGCCAGGGAAAGUGAGCAUUUCUGGAGUCAUUUUGAAAUUUGAUCAGCCAAACUCAGGCCAUGGUCUUCCUCCUCACCCAUCUUCUGAAUUGGUGAAUGCUCAGCCACAUCCUUUCCUACAUAGACCAUCAGUUACAAAUGGGAUCCCAAUGCAUGAAGAUAGUAUUCAUUCAAAGUCACCUUCUCCAUUACCUCCACAACAAUAUGCAGGCCAUGGCAAUGCAAAUUUCUAUUCAGAACAUUAUCAGGCCCCUAAUACAUCGUUUUCCUCAGUGCAGUCACUUCCGCCUUCAGCAGGUGCUCCAGUUGUUUACCAGGCUCACAGGUCUGGGACUUCUCCAUCCUCCAGCUCUUUUGAAGGAAACAUGAAUGCAACUGUUGUAAAUGAUAACAUGCAUCAUAAUAUUUCACCGCAAAGUCAACUUCCUGCCUCACCUUGGUCUGCUCUAAAUCAAGACCGAUCACAUGUUCCAAAUUCAAGAGCUGGAACAUUUGCAUCUGACUCUUCCAGUUUCAUUAUGGCAUCACAGCCUGAGUUUUCAUCUACUCAACAAGGUCUUACAGUGCAGCAGCAACCAAGCUUCACUCUAGCACCAAAUUCUGUGCAACAGUCUGUGGGAGUUGCAAAUAAUCCCAUUAUAGCUGGUUCAAGUGAUCAAAAUCAGCAUUUGCGCCACCCUAUGCCUCUUGCACCGGCUAACAUUCCAUUACAAUCUGGACAUCUAGCUCAGCUUGCUAACCUUUUAGGUCAACAAACACAAUCUGUACAGCUCUCUGUCACACAACCUCUUCUGGAAAUCCAGCAGAAACCGCCACCUCCAACACCUCAAGCAGCUCCAAAUUUCAGUUCUGUUCCACAGGCAAACUUUCAUAUACAGCCAAAUGUGCCUUUGCCCUUGUCAUCGUCUCAAUUCAGUUAUGGUCAGCAAGCACAGCAACAAACAUCUCAACAAGGUAUGCUACUUCGCACAGGGAAUUUGAGUGAUGUUCGAACAGCAGAAUCCCUAGUACCUGACAAUCAAAAACAGAAUGAUGGUAGAGAAGAGACAGAAGCAGAUCCACAAAAGCGGUUGCAAGCAACAUUGCAAUUGGCAGCUGCUCUUCUUCAACAGAUUCAACAGCAAUCUAGGGCAGGGGAUCAACAAUAAUAACUAGUUGUUUGAUCAAACAUAAUGCAAAAUAUGAGAAUGUAACUACCAAAUAUAUGGGAACCUGCGCAGCUAUUGCCAUUGUACACAUUCCUACAAUCUUGAAGAAUCGUGCUCAAGAGGGAUUUGGAUGCAAAUUGAACAGUUGCUACAUAAGAGGAUACAAGACGCACCUAAUCAUUUCACAAGCAUAAUGUAUUUGCCUUCAAAUUAAUCACAGCAAGACAGGCUCGAGUGAUUUACAUAUUUCAAAAUUUUGUGCUUCUUGCAAUCUUUAACAAUUACUUUGUUACCCAUGGAAGGUUGUGUUCCGAGCCUUGCCAGUAACUGUGUCGAAUACUCCAUGUUAUAUUUUGUUGUGCAACUCAACUGAAACCUCGUUUUAUGUGGUGCUUGUUUUUUUAACAUUUCUGACAGUUGAAGAUAAGCGGGCAAGUCAGUAUGUACAUAUUAUUGAGCUGUUAGGUCUACUGUGUUAAAUCAGCGAAGGUCACUUAGGGCUUAAGCUUAUGGUAAGUUCAAGAGGUUGGAUUCUCUGUAUGAGAGACUUCUGGAUUGUAUUAAUGGCUACAUUUCUCUUUUGCGUU